AUUUUUCAUACUAUUUUACACCAAAGAAAAUGCGACGAUUGCUUGGAAAUUUGUCCGUACGAGCGCGCGGUCAAAAUACCACGUGACCAGGGCUGUGACGUCAUGUUGUGUGUUGAUCUUUUGGCCCAGAUAGAAACAACAUGUCGUCGAGUAACACAAGUAAGCGUAAAGGAGGAAGAUAUUGUGUAGCUGGUGGACCUAAUGGCUUAAGCUGCAAAAACAAUUCGUAUACGGAAAGCAUAUCUAUGCACCAAUUUCCAAAAGACCCGAAUAUUCGAGCUAAAUGGCUCAAAUUCGUAAAGAGACAYCGGAAAGAUUUUGCUGAACCGAUCAAUCAGUAUGCGGCGCUGUGCUCAGCACAUUUCGACGAAUCUUGCUACACACGAAAAUUGUCCAUCAGUCUAGAAGGUUUUGAGAAUUUCAAGAUGAACAGAAUUCUUACACGUGGGUCGAUUCCAACGAGAGACGCCGUUGUUGUAGCUGAGCCAGCUGAACUCACGCAAAGAGCCAAACGACAAAUAAAGAGAGAUGUACUUGUAGAGAUCCAACAGCCAGCCAAAAAAUGCAAAUAUACUGCAGAACCUGUAAACACAGCUGUUGAACUCCCAGACGAGCAACAAGAAGUCCAACACACAUUAGUUCAUGAUGAGAACAUUCGUGUCGAAACAAUUCAGUCUGAAUCAACAGUUGCACAGUCACCGAAAGCAAAGAAAAGUCAAGUCAGUAAACGAUSUUCCUUGUGUGCGGAGAAARUAAAGAAACUAGAAACGGCAAAUAGAAGUACUCGGCGUUUGAAGCGAAGAAUUCGAGAGCUAAAGCUGAGAGUCAAAGAGCUGGAAAAUAGAAUCGACACUGAAACUGAGGACGACGGAGAAGAUGAAACUGCAGAGGAAAGACAACCUACUGCAGAUGAACUCAGUGACCAUGACUCUGACAACUACAAUGACUUGGAUUUCANUCAGGACAGCAGUAUUUGUUAG